AUGACAAGUUCAAUUCCUACAAAUAAUACUAAUUUGCCUGAUAUUAACACUGAAGUUUUAACGACAACUAAACAUGAUCACGUUGAUAUUUAUAAACCAUUUGAAGAAAGUCUAUUAAAAGAUAUAUCAGUCUCAGAUCUUGAAAAUUUUGAUAAUCGGUCAACUUUGAAAGCAAUGGCAGAUGAAUAUCGUCAACAUCAUCGGUUACAUCAUGAGUAUUAUAAUGAAGUUAGAGUUUUAUCGACUGCUUUGGACAUUGGCGACGUAAUAUCUGAGCAUGUCAUCGGUUUCGUACAAGUAAGUGGAGAUAAGCCUUUUACUAUCCAUAUGACAAGUGAACAACAAAUCACUCGCUACAUUGACUAUUGUCGUUCUGAUAAGUAUUCUGUUAUACGUGUUGAUGCUACGGGUUCGGUCAUACGAAAACUACCAGAUCAGAAACGUUCUUAUUUCUAUGCUAUUCACAUGCCCACAACAGAAUCUUAA